AUGUCUUCACUAUCUCCUCACAGGGAGGUUCCAAAGGGCACCUCCUUGGACUCUCAAGAUCCAAGGCAUGAUACUUCUGGCCCUGCAGGAGCUGGACCCGAAACCCCAACCUCAGCACCCAAAGAAACGCGCUUUGAUAAACUUUUGGCCGCACAAGCAAGACAGUCAAGACAGUUGAAGAGAAAAACCUCAGCCUCUGAAAGGGCGACAAAUGCAGAGCAUCAGACCAUACAGGCAAAGCCCGGGAGGAGCGCCUUUCCAUUACCUACAAGGCCUCGGACCAAGGAUGCUGCUGGUACAGAAGCAGGACCAUCGACCUUUGCAAUCCCAGCCGCAAGACACACGGCGGCUCCCACGUCCGUACCUACCCAAGUCGCGCGGACCUUAGGGACACCUAAUGCAGGAUAUAAUCCUAGUGGAGGAAGUGCGGCUGCGUCUGUUAUGACAACUCGUGAGCUAGAACUAAUGUCUAACCUCUAUCCCCUAACCUUGUUGGGCAGACCAGUGAGUACUAUUGCGGGUAAUGACGUAGGUUGGGCGGUAUCUAUACCUGACAUAGAUCAAUCGCUCGCUCAAAACUAUUCACUCCUUAAUCCGCCGAGGCACCAAUCUUCUCCAAGGAUUGCAGAUACCACAGGCAUUUCAGAGCAAACACUUGCGCAGCAGAAGGCCCGGGGCAUCGCCCGUGAGAAGGUAGGCCGUCAAAGAGUCCAUGGUCCGUAUGACAACCAAGACAGCCGCGACGACGUGUACGCCCGUUUCAAUGCGGGUCAGUCGUCCAGGAUGAUUGCGGCCGCGACAAAUGUUCCGAGACAUGUAUUGACACAGUGGAAGGCUGAUGGAAUCGCCGCCGGACGAGUAGAGCCCGAAGUCAUUAGCGAAGCCCACCGAAGCUAUGAGGAUAAACGCAAGCACGCUUACGCAUUGUUCCAACAGUAUGAGAGGAUAUCCCUAUCAGAAGUUUCGCGAAUAACGGGCGUCUCUAUAUCAGCAGUUAAUGAAUGGAAGCGCACCUGGACCAGCAAGGAAGUAUUAGGUCCUGAACGGAGCGACUCGAGGAAAUUUACUCGCCAUGUAGAGGACAGGAAAAAGGCCGAGGUCUAUGAGCUUUUGAUACAGAAACCAAAUAUGUUAGUAACAGAAGCUGCAGAGAAGCUGGGAGUCUCAGAGCGUACAAUACUUUGUUGGAAGAACAAGGAUCUUGCCGCCGGGACGUUACCCUCCGGGCUGGAUCGCAAUCGCUUCCGAGCGGCUCGUGACCCGGAAACGAGGAAAGAAGUGGAGUCUCUCCUUCGCCAGAAUGUUUCAAACAAACAAAUCAGUGAGCUCACGGGCGUAUCGGGUUCCACAGUCAAAAGAUUGAAAAGAAGGAAAAAAGCCGCAGCGUUGGUCCAUCCCGAAGAACCUGCCUCUGCUAGGCCCGCAGCUUCUAUCCAUCCCGAAGCACCUGCCUCUGCCAGGCCUGCAGCUUCUCCGGCUACAGCUUCGAAUUCUUCGCAUGCACAGGAGGUGUCUGAAACUUCUUCGGAUGUACUGCUUUACACACCCAGCAAUAUGCAUGCCCACUUUGAUGAAGUCUCGUCUGAAAGCAGUGCAUGGGGGAAUAGCUCUACGUUGCGGAGAUAA